GGCAAUUUUUUUGCAAGUGACUAAAGUGACGUUUGACCACGUGAAUCCAGUCUUUCGUUAUUAUUGUCACUGAUUGCCUCGUAUUUCUUAAACAACAAUAACAAUUGCGACGUUUUAUAAGUUUUCACAAUAAAAAUGGCUAGCACUGCAGUUGUAGCUGGUAUAGGACUUGCAGUAGUAGGAUUCACUGGAAGAUACAUAGUAAAAUCAAUGCCGACGUUAUCGAAAAAAAUGGCUGAAGCUUACAAAGUUUUGCCUAAAUUAGAUGCAAAAUCAUUAGCUAACAGCAAGUAUUACAAAGGAGGAUUCGAGCCAACGAUGACGAAACGAGAAGCCAGCUUGAUACUAGGAGUAUCUCCGACAGCUAGUAAAUCUAAAAUAAAAGAACGUUACAAAAAACUAAUAGUCCUCAAUCAUCCGGACUGUCAAGGAUCACCUUACCUAGCCAGUAAAAUAUCCCAGGCGAAAGAUUUGUUGGAAAAAAAGUAGUUAUUUAUUUUUACAAAUUUAUUAGGCAACAAAAUGUACAUACUUAAUCGAAAAAAAAAAUCACAAAUGAAAUCAAGAUUAUCUUAUAAUUAUUAUUAGUAAAUUUACUUAAAAUUAUCGAUCCAGCGAUUUACACAAUUAAUAGAGAGAAAAAAAGAGUAAAAUAUUUAAAUAAAAUUUUUAAAGCUAUUAUCAGAACACUGAAUUAUUUAUACAACGGUCUAAAAGUUAACAAUUCAUUGAAACAUUUAAAACGAGUUACCAAAAUAUUGAUUUGUGUAUAUACGUAUAGAUAAUUAAAAAAAAAUGUUUUAAGAA